CAAACUUUUUUUUGCAACGUUUUUGCCGACAGGCCCGCAUCGGUUUCAGUCUGCCAGCUGCCUUCAGGUCGCCUAGGGACAGGACAUAUAAUGAACUCCAUGGAUUUAUCUGACAAGCAGGAACCACUUCUUUACUCGGUGCUCAAUAUAUCAGAGCACGCGUCAUCGGCGGAAAUACAUGACAGAUACAGGGAGCUAUCGCUCAUUUUUCAUCCUGACAAGCAGCGCAACGAUCAAACGCGAGAAGUUGCCGCAAAGAACUUUCUCGACAUACAGAAAGCCUACGAAGUCUUAUCGGAUCCUUUUCUCAGAAACGUUUACGACACUUUGGGCAACGAUGGACUUAAGGUGAUCUGGCCAGAGAGUUUGCGAAAGCUGCCCUCGCAAGAGGUAAAAAGGAUGCUCAGUCAGCUGAAAUGGACGUCAAAGCAUCAAGACCUGAGGAAGCUGAUAUCUCCCGAAGCUCGGCUCAAUUGCAGUAUCGAUGCGUCGUCCUUAUUCGAACCUGGAUUCUCACAUUAUCGAUGGCCCCAAAGAAUGAGACAUCGGCUGCAAAACAUAUCUCUUCUGACAUGGGGGCUAAAGUAUAACACAAGGAGAGCCUUGUCGGACAAGACAAAUCUGCUACUCAUGACCCGCAUGAAUAGUCGCGGUGGAGAAGCUGGCGGCGAUGUUGUUGGCACGAUAAGACAUCAAUUUUCUCCUCGUCUGACCUUCAGUGCGACAAGUUCCCUGUUCUCAUAUCGUACCGUAACGUUGGACACGCUUUUUCGAGAUGACAAGAUUGGCAGUAUCUCCGUCAGAACGUACCUGCCCUUGCGAAAGACGGGAAGAGUGCCACCUGUUACUCUUUCCUUCUCCCGGAUUCUCUCAGCCAAACACCGUUGGAAAGGUGAUCUCUCCUGCCAUUUUGGGCCUCUUCCACAGCUCUCAGUUUUUGUGACUGCGUCAUCACCUUUGGCCCUUACCUCAGAUGCUUCUGACUCCCCAUGGGAAGAUCAAGAUACUCCUUCGACCCCAGUUUCGCUCUCUGUAUCCGGCCUGAAGUCAACGUUUUCUUUUUGGACCUAUGGAGUUUCCUUAAAUCCCGGUGAGCCCAAGGUCAUAGGUCAGUGGGGUCUCGCUUUCUCGGAGUUGGCCUUCGAGAUCAAGGCUGGGCUGCAAUUCGGACUUGAUGGAUUGUCAUGGCUGGUCUCCGGCGGAUGGACAGGCGACACGGCGUCAGUGAAGGCCUCCCUAUCCCUGGGAUUUUUGGGCGUUGAACUUGACCUGGACCUCUAUCAUUUAGGUCAACGUCUCCACGUCCCCAUCCUCCUCUCGAAUGAAUACGACCCAGGCCUCGCCUUCUGGACUAUCGUUAUUCCAUCAUCUGCUUUGGUUCUGGGCUAUCAUUUUAUCGUGGUUCCUCGUCGUCGAAGGCAACGUAUCAGCCAAAUUUCUGAGGCUUGUCAAAAAUUGGAGGAAGACACUACGAUAAAACAACAGACGCAGAAUACCAUUUCCAUUCUCACGGAGCCUGCCAAAAAGCGCAUGGCGGCGGAGGCCGCGAAGGAUGGGCUGGUUAUUCUUGAGGCCACAUACGGUCCUGCUGAGUCCUUUGACUUUGGGAGUCAAUAUGAUCUCGAUGUAACCAUCCCUGUCCAAGCGUUGAUAUCUAACUCUCAGCUCCACAUUCCUGGCCACAGAAGCAAGGCUGGCCUCCAAGGCUUUUAUGACCUCGCUCCGUUCGCUGCCAAGACGCUGCGCAUACGCUACACAUUCCAGGGCAGGAUUCACUAUGCGGAAUUCCUUGACGAUUUACCUGUUGUAUUACCUUUGGCAGAUCAUCUUGUUGACUAGAAAGGCUUUCGAGUAAUGGGUCGGGAGCCAAAUAAUCAUCUGGAAUCUAUGUAGUGUCUGUCUGUCACUAUGGAUUUCUAGUUUUUCGCCAUAGGAUACUGCUUGCCUGUAAUCUCAGGCCCAAGAUCUAGGUGCCCAGAGGCCACCGACAGAUCUGCAAGGAACUCACGAAAUCCAGUAGGCUGGCCCUGUACCAUUCGGAUCCGAAAGCCGACUAUGUGCACUAUAACAGCGAGAUCCUUCGAGUGCACCCGCAACAUCUUAUCGUUGUGUGAACAUAACAGAUCCGACAACUAGGACGUUCGUAAUACAUGAUCAAAUUUCCAUCCGUAGAUCAUGG